UGUAUUUGUACAGAAAAAACGAUGGCAUUCAGAGGCAAGUUUGAUGACUUGCUAAAUCCGAUGGAAAACGAAGUCAAGGCUUGUCUUGCCGACACGAAGAGAUUGUCACCAAAGUUUCGUGACCUCGUCUCACAUUUGCAAAAGAAAGCGCGCGCUGUCGCUAAAGACAUCCAAGUUUCUCUACCGAGUCCGGUCAAGACCGACCACAGCAACAAGUUUCGUGAUUUGUUGACCAUAGCCACGAAGAAACUGCGUCGACUGGCUAGGAUUCCUAGACGUAGUCUCGAUGAUUCGACGUUGGAAAGGCUGCAAACGAGUUUGGACGACUUGGACAAUUUGCAGUUUCGCGUGAGGAACCAGCAUGGAUCCUCUUGGACUGUCGCAGGCAUGUUUACAGAUGCGAAGGCGAAGAAGUUUUGGUGUGAUUCGUUUGGAAACAAGGAAGCUCAAGUAGAGUGGGACACGUGGCUGUCAGCAUACAAGAAGUCUCACCGACUUGGAAAGGACGCCGAACUCAUUAUCAAAGCGUUUAUUGGAGUCGCGGGAGGAAAGUUUGUCACAGCUUCGAAGAUGAACGAUGCGUGCGAUACAUUCGGAUUUCCGUUUGAAGGAGUAAAAUCCUGUCGUGAAUCAGAUUGUCGAUGCACGAAAUUUAAGGAAAAGAAGUGGGGUCUGAAAAAGACGUUAACCGAGGAAGAGAGAAAUAUUUGCAUGGAUUGCAAACAUGCAAAAGACAAACAUUAUGUUUUAGAAACGCUUGAUGAAGAAUCAAAAAGUCGAGAUCAUCAUAGGUCGUUUGGUGGAAGUAUCAAAGACAGACAGUUGCUGAUUGAUAGAACAACUGGUUUGGGAGCACUCCAGAAAAGUAUUUUGCAAGAAAAUGUUGAGUUGGCAAGAAAGAUAAUUCAAGAGACAAAUGAUAGCGAUGAAAGAGAUGACAAUGGUUCUACUGCUCUACACACAGCCGCAGGAUUUUGCAGUGCCGAUGCUGUAAAGCUACUUCUUGAGCAUAGUGCUAGUAGUAAAGCGUUUGACAAGAAAGGUGUGGCUCCAGUUCACGUUGCUGCGAGAACGGGAAAUCUGCCUGCGUUGAAAGUUCUGGUGUCUCAUGAUCACUCUAGUGCUGAGCUGAAAGACAAAACGGCAAGUGAAGCCACUCCAUUGCAUCAUGCAGCAGAGGAGAAUCGCGUAGAUGUGAUGGAGUUUUUAGUCUCACAAUGUGGUGUUAACAUCAACGCAGGAAACAAAACAGGCGAAUCUUCAGUGUUAGUAGCUUCUUCUGCUAAUAACCCGGAAUACAUUGCAGCAGCUGUAAAACUGGGUGCUGAGCUGACUUCCAGAAGUAAUCGCGGUGCAUCUCCAAUGGAUGUAGCAACAAAAGCGGAUUCUAUUCCAUGUAUUGUGGCAAUUGGUGAACACGCUCCUAAAGCAGCCACAGCUGUAAACAAUGCCGGCGAUUCUCCACUGAGCUAUUGUCUCACGGGUGAAAGCGUCGACGCGUUAGUCGACCUGGGAGCAGAUCCUUGUCACAAGAACAAAGCGAGACGGACACCUCUACAUGCAGCCGCUGCUGACCCAGAUAGAUAUGAAGCAGCAUGCAGGCUUGUUGCAAGAGGUGCAAAUGGUGAUGUCAAAGAUGAGGAAGGCAAGACACCAUUACACAUUGCAACUUUGGUGAACAACACAAGAGUGGUUGAUUUACUCACUGACGAAGCAAAAGCUGAUGUCAACGCACAAGACAAAGAAAAAAAGUCUUCACUUCUAAUUGCUCUUGAUCGUAAAUUUGAGGCGUUGUCAGAAAAACUUCUUCUCAAGGGAGCAAACGCUCAAAUCUCGGAUACAAAAGGAUUGACUGCUCUUCAUUACGCUUCAAGAAAUGGCUACGAAGAGAUUUCAAAAAUGUUGUUAGAUGCAGGAGUAGUGGUUAAUGCUCGUGACCUUGAAGGAAAGACACCUCUACAUUACGCAGUGGUUAGUAAUCCUCAACUAGCCAAGUUGCUCGUUGAAGAGGGUGCGGACAUGUUUAUACGUGACGCACAAGGAGAUACUGGUCUCGCACUGUCUCGAAAGACUGGCCAACCUCUUAAGAGUCUAACGAACUUAGAAACAGAAAUUCUUGACUUUACAGAGGCAACGAAAGAUGAGCUCGCAGCGCAAUCAGGUCCAAUUUGUCCAUCAAAGUGUUUUGCCGAUGGGCCAGGUUUGAAAGGAGGAUAUGUGAAUACAAGGUACAGCUUUAGUGUGUUUACUUGUGACGAGAACGGAAAGUUGCAAACUGCCGGAGGAGCCCCGUUGGUCAUUCAAAUCAUUCUAGCUGACACCAAGUCAAACAUCACUGCCACACCUGGCCAAACAGAGAACAGACGUCUGAUAAUAGCAGAUAACAUGGAUGGAACGUAUUCUGUCGCCUUCGAAUUAGCAAACGUUGGUUCACACCAAUUUCACAUCCUAAUUGGGGAAAAGCCAGUUCGUGGAUCUCCAUGUGCUGUGCCUCUGCAACAAUUCGUUGCUCCUGCGCCACCUGUUAUCAGUGCCACAAACUAUAAACCUGCAGAUUAUGCAGAUGACAAAAUCCAGUUUGCAAAAAAUGAAGGAAUCGGGCAAGUUGACAUUGCAAUUGUUUGCGACACCACUUCAAGCAUGGGACCUGAAAUCAAGACUGCCCAGAAGUUAAUGCAAGAUCUCAUAGACUCCAUCAAUGAUGAGCCUCUUUGCAGCGACUUGAGAUUGUCUAUUAUUGCUUUCAGAGAUCAUCCACCAGAGGAGACUACAUACGUGACUCAAGUUUGGCCGUUGACGUCAAACAUUGGCACUGUUAAGAGAGCUGUCAAUAGUCUUAGAGCCAAAGGAGGUGGCGACCCACCAGAAGCCGUCGCAGACGCGCUAAAAGAAGUCGUCGAUCUCAACUGGGACGAAGCCCAACGGCCGCACGCCGUUCGAAUGGUUGUAUUGAUUGGAGACGCUCCACCGCAUGGUAUGAUCGGUAUAAAAUGCCCAGACAAUUUCCCGAAAGGUUGCCCGGUUGGUCACGAUUGGCUUAUCUUAGCAGAACAGUGUCGCUCUAAGAAGAUCAACAUUUACACGGUUUUGUGCCGAAAUUACGCCAGAACUGCACAAGCCUUCAACGCAAUAUCAGUAUCUUCGGGCGGACAAUGCUUUCAAAUCCGAUCUGAAAGCGACAACGCUGAAAUCAUCAAUUUGACAAAACUGCACGUUCAUGUUUUGUUGGACCAUCAGCUCACGACCAGUACAGUGUCAGACGUUAUUAUCAAAAAUCCAUUGGCGGAAAGCACGUUUGAGGGACGUCUUGAACGCGUCAAAGAGGAACUGUCUUCUAUAGGCUUUACUGUCCGACGAUUGCAAACUGCGGAAGGUGUAGCCACUAUUGAAAUCAGGUCAGUCAUCGAGGAGGACGUUCACAAGGCGCUAGAAGACCUCAAAUCAUGUGAGCGCCUUGUCAACACCAAACGAGAUCGAGCCCUGAUGGAUCACAUGGGAAAGAAGCUCUACGCUCUGCGAAAAAUUCAAGGAAGUUUUUUUUCUACUUAGAACGAGACAAAUCUGACACUAUUACACUAACAUUUAUGCUGACGUAUUACCUUGUUUGUAUCUUUAUAUGUUUAUUGUUGUUACUGUUACUGUUAUUGUUAUUGUUAUUGUUACUGUUGUCAUAAAUAUGCGUGGUGCAUAGCUAUAGAGUAUGUAA